AUUGACUCAAGCCGCCAUUAUCCCGUAGUAGAAGGAGGAAGAACAGAGGGGAAGCAUCCAGGAAUUCUGCCACAGUUCUCCUGAAAAACCUCCUCUGCGCCAUGGAAAUGUCGGGAGCGGACAGCGACUGGAGGAGCCCACAGUUCCGACAGAAAGUCGUGGCUCAGAUCGAAGAGGCCAUAAGGAAGGCAGGAACCUCGAACACCACGCACAAGUCGGGCACGGACAUGGAGAACCACGUCUACGUCAAAGCCAAAUCCAGGGAGGAGUAUUUAUCUCUGGUGGCCCGGCUGAUCAUUCACUUCAGAGACAUCCAUAAGAAGGCUCUUGGAGGUUCAGAUCCCAUGAAUGCCCUGAAUACCCUGACAGGGGUUGGAGGGGGUCCUGGCGCCAUUGGCAUGGGGCCUCGCCCUGCCGGUGCUCCAGUGGGUGGCAUGGGGGCCAUGGGGCCGAUGCAGAUAGGCCAGCAUGCCAUGGCAGGGGUGGCUGGAAACCCACAAGCCAUCGGCGGACCGGGACCUAUGCCCAUGCAGCAGUUGGUGCAGCAGCAGCAACAGCAGCAGCAGAACGCCAUGCAGUUCCAGCAGUUCCAACAACAGCAGCAGAACGCCAUGCAGCAGCAGCAGAACGCCAUCCAACAGCAGCAGCAGCAGCAGCUGGUUCGUCCUGGGAUGCAGAUUCCAGCCCGGCUGCCUCGAGCACCUCUGAACCCCAUCCCUCCUCAAAACGCCGCCACCGCUGCAGCUGGCGUGGUGGGAGUGCAGGCCAUGACACCGCAGCAGAUGUCAUCGCCCUCACCGGUGCAGGUCCCGACUCCUCAGUCGAUGCCGCCUCCUCCGCAGCCGUCACCCCAACCCCCGACCUCACAGCCCAACUCAGCCAGCUCCGGUCCCACUCCGUCUCCGGGGGGUUUCCAGCCCAGCCCGUCUCCUCAGCCGUCACCAAGCCCCGCCAACUCCAGAACCCCCCAGAACUACGGCGUGCCCUCCCCCGGGCCACUCAGUACUCCAGUGAACCCGAGCUCGGUGAUGAGUCCGGCGGGGCCCACGUCUCUGGAGGACCAGCAGUACAUGGAGAAGCUCAAACAGCUCUCCAAGUACAUCGAGCCGCUGCGCCGCAUGAUCAACAAGAUCGACAAAAACGAAGACAGGAAGAAGGACCUGAGCAAGAUGAAGAGCUUGCUGAACAUCCUGACCGACCCCAACACCAGGUGUCCCCUGAAGACGCUGCAGAAAUGUGAGAUCGCUUUGGAGAAGCUGAAGAACGACAUGGCGGUGCCGACGCCCCCUCCCCCGCCCGUGGCCACCAACAAACAGUACCUGUGUCAGCCGCUGCUGGACGCCGUCAUGGCCAACAUCCGUUCGCCGGUCUUCAACCACUCCCUCUACCGAUCCUUCGCCCCCGCCAUGAGUGCCAUCCACGGACCACCCAUCAUGGGCCCGAACAUCUCCGGGCGCAAGAGGAAGCACGAGGACGACGAGCGGCAGACGAUCCCCAACAUCCUGCAGGGCGAGGUGGCGCGCCUCGACGUCAAGUUCCUCGUCAACCUCGACCCCUCGUACUGCAGCAACAACGGCACCGUGCACCUCAUCUGCAAGCUGGACGAUAAAAACCUUCCCAGCGUUCCUCCGCUGCAGCUCAGCGUUCCCGCCGAUUAUCCCGACCAGAGUCCGCACUGGGCCGACGACGGAGAGCAAUACGGUGCGAACAGCUUCCUGCAGACGGUUCACAGGAACAUGACGUCCAAACUGCUGCAGCUGCCCGACAAACACUCGGUGACCGAGCUGCUCAACACCUGGGCUCGCAGCGUCCAGCAGGCCUGCCUGUCUGCAGCCUGAGACCCCGCCCACUGCUCCCCUUUCAGACAUGUGGGACUGUCCUCCCCGUGCAUGCUGGGUAAGACCUGCAGAUGGGCAUCGUCAGAGCCGAAACCCAUAACCGAUUUCUCUGCUGCUCCUUGAAUGCGUCACGAGUCUGUUUCUGUUAGUUUAAAUAAAGUUAUAGUCCCUGUUUUGUAUGACGUCUUUUUGUAUUAAAUAAAAUGUGUUUACUUCAGUCCAA